AUGGCUUUUACAAAAUCAUCUGUGACUCUUUUUCUUAUAAUAAUGAUGACAAUUUCAUUUUCAAAUGAUAGAGCUUGGGCCAGGCCAGGGAUCAAACAAGGGGAAGGUGAAACUUGCAUUGGGUCAUGUGAGGCACAGUACGGGAAUAGGCAAUGUGAUGAAGAUUGUGUAGCUCAGCAGUAUUCAGGAGGAGAAUGUGCUCUUAUUUCAGGAGAAGCGACACCACCACAAUGUUGUUGUUUCAAAUGA